UAGCUUUGUACGGAUCCAUGCCAAGUUGAGUAGCCAACUGGUAGGUGUUCUGUGACCGGGUCGUAGCAGUCACUGCCGUGGGCAGUGUAACUGAAAGUGCGAUGACGUCCGAAGUGGAAGAUAUAUUCAAGAAACUGAAAGACCAGGACGGAGUCGUCGGAGUAGUAGUCACCACGUCUGAAGGAGCAGCCAUCAAAACAUCAUUUGAUAAUGUAACAACAAUGCAGUAUGCGACGCUUGUGACACGGCUGUGUGAGCAGGCACGAAGCACCCUGCGAGACCUUGAACCAGGAAACGACUUGACAUUUCUCCGGAUGCGGACCAAAAAACAUGAAAUUAUGAUAUCGCCAGAUAAGAACUAUUUUUUGGUUGUGGUACAGAAUCCAUCUGGAUGAAUAAAAGAUACCAGAACCUUGA